AUGGCUGGUGAUCACAUCAUCUUGUCUGGAAAAAUGUGCUCUGCUCUCCAAGUUCUGCAUCAAACCAGUCUCAGGACUGGAGACAACAACAACAACAACAACAACAACAACAACAACAACAACGCUGCCAUGACAAGUGACAGACAUAUCCAGGUCAUUAUGGGGGAAGACGGCGAGGGGGAAGACGGCGAGGGGGAAGACGGCGAGGGGGAAGACGGCGAGGGGGAAGACGGCGAGGGGGAAGACGGCGAGGGGGAAGACGGCGAGGGGGAAGACGGCGAGGGGGAAGACGGCGAGGGGGAAGACGGCGAGGGGGAAGACGGCGAGGGGGAAGACGGCGAGGGGGAAGACGGCGAGGGGGAAGACGGCGAGGGGGAAGACGGCGAGGGGGAAGACGGCGAGGGGGAAGACGGCGAGGGGGAAGACGGCGAGGGGGAAGACGGCGAGGGGGAAGACGGCGAGGGGGAAGACGGCGAGGGGGAAGACGGCGAGGGGGAAGACGGCGAGGGGGAAGACGGCGAGGGGGAAGACGGCGAGGGGGAAGACGGCGAGGGGGAAGACGGCGAGGGGGAAGACGGCGAGGGGGAAGACGGCGAGGGGGAAGACGGCGAGGGGGAAGACGGCGAGGGGGAAGACGGCGAGGGGGAAGACGGCGAGGGGGAAGACGGCGAGGGGGAAGACGGCGAGGGGGAAGACGGCGAGGGGGAAGACGGCGAGGGGGAAGACGGCGAGGGGGAAGACGGCGAGGGGGAAGACGGCGAGGGGGAAGACGGCGAGGGGGAAGACGGCGAGGGGGAAGACGGCGAGGGGGAAGACGGCGAGGGGGAAGACGGCGAGGGGGAAGACGGCGAGGGGGAAGACGGCGAGGGGGAAGACGGCGAGGGGGAAGACGGCGAGGGGGAAGACGGCGAGGGGGAAGACGGCGAGGGGGAAGACGGCGAGGGGGAAGACGGCGAGGGGGAAGACGGCGAGGGGGAAGACGGCGAGGGGGAAGACGGCGAGGGGGAAGACGGCGAGGGGGAAGACGGCGAGGGGGAAGACGGCGAGGGGGAAGACGGCGAGGGGGAAGACGGCGAGGGGGAAGACGGCGAGGGGGAAGACGGCGAGGGGGAAGACGGCGAGGGGGAAGACGGCGAGGGGGAAGACGGCGAGGGGGAAGACGGCGAGGGGGAAGACGGCGAGGGGGAAGACGGCGAGGGGGAAGACGGCGAGGGGGAAGACGGCGAGGGGGAAGACGGCGAGGGGGAAGACGGCGAGGGGGAAGACGGCGAGGGGGAAGACGGCGAGGGGGAAGACGGCGAGGGGGAAGACGGCGAGGGGGAAGACGGCGAGGGGGAAGACGGCGAGGGGGAAGACGGCGAGGGGGAAGACGGCGAGGGGGAAGACGGCGUGGGGGAAGACGGCGAGGGGGAAGACGGCGAGGGGGAAGACGGCGAGGGGGAAGACGGCGAGGGGGAAGACGGCGAGGGGGAAGACGGCGAGGGGGAAGACGGCGAGGGGGAAGACGGCGAGGGGGAAGACGGCGAGGGGGAAGACGGCGAGGGGGAAGAGGGCGAGGGGGAAGAGGGCGAGGGGGAAGAGGGCGAGGGGGAAGAGGGCGAGGGGGAAGAGGGCGAGGGGGAAGAGGGCGAGGGGGAAGAGGGCGAGGGGGAAGACGGCGAGGGGGAAGAGGGCGAGGGGGAAGAGGGCGAGGGGGAAGAGGGCGAGGGGGAAGAGGGCGAGGGGGAAGAGGGCGAGGGGGAAGAGGGCGAGGGGGAAGAGGGCGAGGGGGAAGAGGGCGAGGGGGAAGAGGGCGAGGCUAAGAUUUUUUUUUUUGGUUGGGUUUAA